AUGCACGCAUCAGCAGCAACAUCAUCAGCAGCAGCAGCAGCAGCAACAGCAGCAGCAGCAGCAGCAGCAGAGGUCUCCUACACCCACCCCCAGCAGCACUUCUGCUUCUGCUUCUUUGGGGGCCCCCAGCCCCUUUAUAUCGAGCAGCAGCAGCAGCAGCAGCAGCAGCGGCUGCUGCCGCAGCAGCAGCUGCUGCAGCAAGAAGAACGGCCUGGGGUUGCUCGUGAGGGCCUAGAUUUAGCAGCAACAACAGCAGCAGCAGAAGCAGCAGCAGCAGCAGCAGCAGCAGGAGCAGCAGCAGCAGGAGCAGCAGCAGCAGCUGCUGCUCCCAACCUAACAUCUGCUGCACUGACCAAAUCCCCUGGUGCCCCCGACAGCACGCAUCAGCAGCAACAUCAGCAGCAACAGCAGCAACAGCAGCAGCAGCAGCAGCAGCAGAGGUCUCCUACACCCACCCCCAGCAGCACUUUUUCUUCUGCUUCUUUGGGGGCCCCCAGCCCCUUUAUAUCCACAGCAGUCUCCACUCCUUUCUCUUCUAUUUCAGCUCGUUCUCCGUACCCACCAGGGGUUGCUGGGGGCCCCCAGGGGGCCCCCUGGGGGGCCCCCCAGGGGGCCCCCAGUAUGGGGGGCCCCCAGGGGGCCCCCAUGGCAAGGAGACAGCAGCAACACAGACAAACUAGGGGGCCCCCGGGGGGCCCCCAGGGGCCCCUGGGUACCGUAGUACCCCCACGACUCAUUGGAAAGCCUGUAUGGAUCAGCACUGCUGCGGGCCCCUUCCUCGUGCAGCAGCAGCAGCAGCAGCAGCAGCAAGUGAAGCAGCAGCAGCAGGAACAGCAGCAGCAACAGCAGCAGCAGCAGCAGCAGCAGCAGCAGCAAGAAGACGCUGCUGCUGCACCAUUUAUUUAUGGGGUUCUGUGUAAUCCCCAGCCGAAGGACCUUCCACCGAGGACUGCUGCUGUUGCUGUUGCUGCUGCUGCUGUUGCUCCCUUUGCUGCUGCUCCUGCUGCUGCUCCAGCAGCAGCAGCAGCAGCAGCAGCUGCUGCUGCUGCUGCUGCUAGCACUCAUCCAAACGGCAGCAGCACAACCGACGAGCAGCAGAUUAUAUACGCAGUAGGCAAUCACAGCAGCAGCAGCAGCAGCAGCAACAGCAGCAGCAGCAGCAGCAAACGAGCAGCAACAAGAGCAGCAGCAGCAGCAACACCAGCAGCAACAGCAGCAGCAGCAGCAGCAGCAGCAGCAGCAGCUUGUUGUGGUGUUUUGUCUGCAGCCCCUGGAUUCUAUAUUUCCCUCUGA